CAAGUACUUCCGCAACUGAGCAAUGUCGAAUUUGCGCAACGAGUCCGCAUGCUCUCGCUGCCAACGGCAGGUGAUGGCACUAUGGACGGUGGUGCGCCGUCGGCCGCAGGUGGUAGUGGCACUAGCAUGAAUAUGAAGAAGCCACUGCUUGCAGCUCUGGCGAAGUUGUUGCAUGACGGGAGCGCGUAUUCCAUGGGUCGCUUCUUGCUGUUUCGCGCAUUCUUGCUAGAACACGACGGGUGCUGCGCUGCGGCCUUACCAGCAGGGCUACAUCCACGGGGCGCCCGGACCCGGAUGGUGACCUUCUCGGCCGGGGACUUGACGAGCC